UUUACGUUCAAAGCUUUAAUUCACAUUGGAAUAGAAAUUACAUAAUGACAGAGUACAAGCUCGUUGUUGUGGGAGCUGGAGGUGUUGGCAAAUCUGCACUUACAAUUCAACUGAUACAAAAUCAUUUUGUAGACGAAUAUGAUCCCACUAUAGAAGAUUCUUAUAGGAAACAAGUAGUUAUAGAUGGGGAGACAUGCCUUUUAGACAUAUUAGACACAGCUGGUCAAGAAGAAUACAGUGCAAUGAGAGACCAAUAUAUGAGGACUGGGGAAGGAUUUUUGUUAGUAUUUGCUGUAAAUUCGGCUAAAAGUUUCGAAGAUAUAGGGACGUAUAGGGAACAAAUAAAAAGAGUGAAAGAUGCGGAAGAAGUACCAAUGGUAUUGGUAGGAAAUAAGUGUGAUCUUCAACAAUCUUGGGCAGUGAAUAUGACGCAAGCGAGAGAAGUUGCCCGUCAGUAUGGUGUGCCUUUUGUUGAAACUUCUGCCAAGACUAGGAUGGGAGUAGACGAUGCUUUUUAUACUCUGGUGAGAGAAAUACGGAAAGACAAAGAACAUAGAGGUAAAGAGAAAAAAAAACGUAUGAAGGCAGGUAACUCGAGCCGUAGGAGACAUCGAUGCUGUUUGCUUUAA